AUGUCUGAGGGGCAGUCGAGAUUGCUUCAUGUUCUUUUCAUUUACUUCAUUUUGGUCCUCUUUCCGGGAUCAACCACCGCUAACAUGAGUCGUGCGAUCGAUAGUGCCACUGAAGAGGGGAAAUCUCUUCACAAGGUGUUUGUGCAGAAGGGUAUCGAUACCUCAACAGUUGUCGACCUCGUCAAAUCAACUAUCGAACAUGACUACAUCUCUCCUUGGUCAGAUGCAGACGACGAGCUGAUUUCGAUGAAGUUCAGGGCUACAUCGAGCCAGAUUGCGAAGUUGAAGGACCACCAGGACAUUGUGCGCGUCAUCAAUGUUGAAUUCCCUGUCCAGGACAUAAGCACGCCGAAAGGAAAAAGGUUAUUCGUCGAGGGCAGUUACGUGAUUCGUCCCAUCAACUGGGAGAAUGUUGACCAAUGUAACGCAACUGGCAUCAUUCUCAAAGCCCUUCUCGAUAGUCAGCUUACCGAGUCCAUGUGGGAUGGCAAAAUCCGCAAGUGGUGGGCAACCAUGACCGAUGAACAGGUGGCCGAAGUCAAAAUGCUCGACGGAGUAAGCGUUGUGAGUCGAGUUCAUAAAGGGAAACGAGGUCGUAUGACCCCGACGCUCUCAAAGCCUCACGAAUCCCCGAAUCUACGAGGUCCAAUGAAGAAGCGAGACAUCACAUAUGAGACGCAAAGGGCCGCUGCUACUGAAUUGGUUGCCGUCAGUCAGCCCAGUACAAUCCCAGAAUUGAGAGACCUCAAAAACUAUGUGUAUGAAAGCCAUGGUGGGUCAGGAAGCUUUGUAUACCAUAUUGAGACAGGUGUUGCUUUCAAGGCACAAAGCAGACAUCUUCUUACCAAGAAGGCGAUUGAGAACCACGACGAACCUUGGGUGGAUGAUGACGAAGACAUGCCUUCACAUGGUACUUGCACCGCUGGUAAAGCACUCGGAACCCAGUUUGGCGCGUCUAAGCAGGCCACCCUUGUCGUCGUCAGGCUCCACGACAUCAAUCACCAAGAGUUUCAGGAAGCGCUAGAACUGAUUCUCAAGGACAUCGGUGACCAUCCUGAACGACACAAGAGGAGCGUCGUCUCCACCGCCUUAUCCUUUCCCACCGACGAGUGGGACGAUGACGACGUGAUCGACUUUCGGAAUGUUUUCGAGAAGCUGUUUGCCGAGGAUAUCCCUUUUGUGUGCAAUUCAGGGAACGAUGACGAUGAGUCGGACGAUGAGUCGAACGAUGAGUCGGAAUUGUCAGACGGAGCGGAUGUGGAUGAAUAUCCAGGACUAAUGGAAGGGCCCGAUCUUCCGCUGAUCGUUGUUGGUUCCGUCAAUUCUCAAGGUCAGAGGUCCUGGUUUUCCAAGGGUGGCCCUCAUGUGACUAUUCACGCCCUGGGCGAAGAUGUUCUUUGCAUGCCGAAAGGGGGAAAUGUUCCAAAGGAGGACGCGGGCACAUCAUUUGCUCAGCCUUUGGUCGCCGGCGAGAUUGCCAAUCUUCUGUCAUACGAUACUGUGCCCUUUGAUACCAGCGACGGUAAUCUGGUCAAGAACCUCAAGGCUUAUCUUCAAUCCGAUCAAGCAAGUUGGGAGCGAGUAGAAGGCGUCCGCGUUCUCUGGAAUGGCGUUACGGAGGAAAACAACCCGAGGAAGGUCAUUGAAUGCAAUGGCUUGGGAGAAAACGUUUAUGUUGAGGGUGACGACGUCACAAGUCUCAUUAAGGAUACAUUCUGUCCCGAUGUUGGGGUGCGACGUGGUUUGCAAGGACAGUCUGCCUCUGUCUCGAGCAUUUACAACACAGGCACUCCGAACGAAGUCACUCUCUCGCUCAGCACAGAAGAAGGUCUCAACUCCAAUUACAACGAACAGGACUGCGUCAAGUACCUCAUGGAGGCUGUGGAUGGGUGUCUCUCGACCGAUAACAACGCAGCCAAUUACAAGGGUGGGGGCUCAACAACUGUUGGGGGCGCUACAUACAAUGUGGCUCGGGCUCUUUACGUUCAGCCGCACAUUACGGCAAGCAGGCGGGCUGGCUGCGCACUGCUUCCCGGGACUUGGCAUUUUGACUAUGGCCUUGGUGACGAUGGACGUGAGUGGACUGCGAGGUUUCGCACGGGUGUCUUUCAGAAGAAAUGUGUAGGCAACGCGGUUGGAACGGCCUCGGGCUUUGGCGAAUUUGGAUGUGCAGGUUCUGGCAGAGACUAG